GGAUUAGUGGAACAGUGGAAUAGAUUAGACCCUUGGAGGGGGAAUGAAUUUUAAGUGAUGAGUGUGUGCACUCUACCUAAUUCUGAGUUCGUGGUUUGUGCUUUGCGGGAACAAAAUAAUUUGUUUACAAACAAGUUUUUAAAAAAGGUUUGAAAAUGGAGAACAAUAAUAAAGAGAACAAUGAAUCCGUGGGAUAUACCUGUUCCUAUUGUUCUGAAGAGGUUAACAUUGAGGAGCCGAUCGAAACCCACAAUUGCUUCAGCGAAGUAAAUUUUUUGAAAUUUAGCCUUCAAAGUGAUAGAACAAACCGUCUUGCUCUUAUUGAAAUAAACCCAAACACUUCAACUAAAGCUGCCACUCCUCCUAAGGCCAAAAAAUCAAAAUUGAGGAAGGUCUUAACGGAUAAUCAUAUUGAUGUCAUUUUGAUAAAAGAAGUUGAGGCGAGGCCGCAGCUUUACAAUAGAAAGCAGAAAAUUACCCAAGCUCAAGCAAAUGUGUUGUGGCAAGAUAUUUCCAACAAAUUAGGAGGUAAAUACAAUAUGAAGGAAGCUAAAGAGAAAUGGAAGUACCUUAAAACAACGUAUUUUAGAAGAAAGAAGGAAAACGGUGUUUGCUGGCAGAGCCAGUACUUAACAUUUUUGGAUCCUCAUGAGGAUGAUGCUGAGGAAAAUACAUUGCCCGGAGAUCUCGAGACUCAUAGAGUAGAUGAAGAAAUUGACGCCACUGAACACAUUCCGCUAAAUUCAGAAACUUUGGAAACCGUAUCUAUGAAUUCAAAACCUAAAAGUGUUGGCAGCCGUAAGAGGAAAUUGGGUAAAAAAACAAAUUGUGAUGAAGAUGGAGAGGGGACAUUAACGGAACUUGAGAAAGCUAUAUCUACCUUCGUUAAUGAAAGUAAGCCACUUGAUUCUACUGACGGAUUUUGCUUAAUGUUUGAAGAGCUUCUUCGACAACUUCCAGAAGAAGUAAGAUCUACCGUUCAAAUGAAAAUAUGGAUGGAACUAAUAAAACUAGUCGAAGAACAAAGACAUAAGUCAGAUUGAUAACAGGAUUUGUUAAACAAUGCAAUUGUUACGUUUUUAGAUUGUCUUCUUACCUUAUUCAAGGCAAUUUAAUUACUUUAAAAAAAUUUUAAGCAAAUAGUAAAAACUAAAGAUAUAAUAUGCUUAAAGUGUUCAAAUGUUUGCACCAUAGUGCUUCAAAUUAUCAGUUAACUAAUUAAGUUACAUAUAUACCAUUGAUUUUCUAGUUUCCAUAUAAUAUACAAGAUUGCUUUUAUUAUAAUGUAAAUUAAUGUUUUGAAGUAGUUUAAUAUUGUUGCUUUGGAGUAUAACUAUGAGUUUACUUU